UUUAAUAAUUUAAGCUUUCUCUUCAUGUCAAUUUCAUUCUCACAAUACUGCACAGCCAUAUUAGUGAUAAUUCUGCUUGGUUUUGUGAGGUCAUACAUUUACAAGUUUUUAUUCAUACGUGAUGUCACCAUACAAGAUUACAGCUUUUUCGGGUAUCACGCUGCCGGAUCCCAAGGCGGGGAUAGAUGUCGUGAAAUAAAUGAUAUGAGACGUCGCAAACGGGUAGGAGAUUGUUCUCCACCGUAUCCCAAUUGUUGGUAUGCGGUAGGAGAAUCCGAUCAAGUAAAACAAGGACAAAUUAAGGAGGUUUAUGCAUUGGGACAUGAGCUCAUCGUUUGGCGUGGAUAUUCCGAUAAGAUAUUCGUAUCUGGGGCUUACUGUCCACACCUGGGGGCUCACAUUGGUACUGGCGGAACGGUCGUGGGGGCUGAUUGCAUUCGCUGUCCUUUUCAUCAUUGGUCAUUUAAUGGAAGUACUGACGGAAAGGUGCAUCACAUCCCGUACACGCAGGGGAAAGUCCCAGAUUCCGUAAAAUUGACCAUGUGGACAUCCACAGAAGCCAGUGGCUCUAUCUGGAUUUGGUAUCACGCCGAUAAAGAGGAACCGUCAUAUUAUCCGAGAGAUUUAGAACAAAUCCGAAAUGGAGAAUGGGUCUGUAAAGCAACUGCCAGCAAUACUGUGACCUGUCAUUUUCAAGAAAUACCGGAAAAUGCGGCCGACGUAUCGCACCUAAAUGCUCUCCAUGGAGACAAAGUAUCGCCCGCAUUCGCACGAAGAAAGUCAGAACCUUUACCAUGCCUUCGCUGGGAAUUCAUUAGGCAUGUAUUUUCUGCAACUUGGAAGAAGAAAGAGGAUCCUACCCGGAAACAUGAGUACUAUUUUGAUGGAACGCAUCACAUUGAAUUGUUCAAAAAAUGGAAACUAUUUCCGAGAGAGUUACAUGGACGUAAUGUUGGUCCCUCCCAGUCCUUCCUCCAUUUUGAUACAAUAUUCGGGAAAGCAGUCCUCGUAAUUACGGUGACACCACAGGAGCCACACUUGCAGUUGGUGACUCAAAAGAUCUACGCGUCACGUUGGUUUCCCCAGAUUAUAGCAAAUAUUGCCAUGCGGACACAGCAAGACCAGUUUCAACGUGACAUUGGAGUUUGGAAUCGAAAGAUGUACAUCGCCAACCCACCAUUGGUCAAGGAAGACAUGCACAUAAAAGAAUUCCGAAGAUAUAUGCUCCAAUUUUAUUCAAAAAGCAGUCUACCAUGCCAGUACAAAUUGAAACUGGAAAAAGGACUUUUAGACUUUUGAAUCAAAUUAAUAAACUUAAAAUGAUCACAAUUGCUUAUCCAAUAGCGACAUCAUGUAAGGAGCAAUAGUAGUUUUUCAAUGUAAGCUCAAAUAUGACAACGAUUUUGCUAUAUUUACGAAUCAUAAAUUACGAUGAUCCAGUGUCUGUAGAAAAGAGGUCAAACCUAAAUAAAGUAUGCCGAAUAAAUGUUUAUGGUA